AUGCACAACAUCAACUGGCUCCACGCCCCUAACACCCGCGACAUCAUGCAACGCCUUAUUGUCAAAUAUGAGCGCUUCUUCUCUCUCUUCGCCCAAUACCCCGGCAAAACUGUCGUGCCAACCCUCGACGUCGACCUCGCCUGGCACACUCACCAGCUGUCUCCCCCACAUUACUAUGCCUACUCGACGCGUCUGACGGGCGGCAAGACCUUCGUUGAUCACGACGACAAGAUUGAUGAGUCGAGACUC